CAUCCACCGGCAUGUGACGACGACAAUGUAAACAACAUACCUACCUCCACCCCUUCCCCAAAUCUUAAUGACGCCCAAAAGUGGAUUUCUCCCCUUUCCCUGAACAAAGAACCGCCUCAACUCGGCUGUCGUUCGGUCUGUUUUCGCGCAAUUGACCUGCCUGGCCUACCAAAAAACCAGGGACACUGUCCAGUGAUAAAGCUACGUGUGGUGACGUCAUACCCUCCCUCGGGGCUUCAUAACCAACUCCAUUGCCGCUCCCAUCCAAUUGACAACCACUCAAUUGCAAGCAAGCAAAGCAACAGCAGGAAAUAAUCCCUCUCCUUGUUUUCCAAUAAAGAGCUCUUUUCAACGUUCUCUCCUUUCCGCGUUGAUACAACCACCACAAGCAACAACCUCAAUUCCACCACCUCUACGACAAUCACAAACCCAUCCACCAAAAUGCUCUCCCUCCGCCGCAUCACCACCUCCCCCACCAUCACCUCCCUCCCCCGCCGCGCCCUUUCCACCACCCCCCUCCGAUCCCUCAAGGAGUCUAACAGCGCCGACCCCUCCCCCCAAAACUUCGACCACCACAAACAAGACUCCCUCUCCAAGCAAAAAUCCGGCAAAGGCCACUGGAAGCCCGAGCUCGCCUCCAACAGCGAAGAAGCCGUAAAGGCCGACCGCAGCUCCGGCUCCUCCUCCAUCAAGGACCUCCAGGAAAAGACCAAAAAGGCGGCCGAGGAGAACGCCAAAGCCGGUACCAACUAACAUAUUGAUUUUUCGUCCUUCGCACCAAAACCCCAACGCGCGCGCAGCAUGGCUUUUGCAGAAAGAAAAAAGGGUGGUGAAAACAGGGGAGAAGAAGAAGAUGGGGGAGGGAUGUGGGGAAGAAAGAUUGUACAUAAUGCAUAGGGGGUUGGCUUGGAAUCGCGGCAAAGCAUGAAUGAAUGGGAAAGAAGAAGAUGGAGGAAGAGAGAGAGCGUCAAUAGAAUGAUUGACAACUGAGAAGCAUCUUCGUCACACAUGGUCAUUGUGAACA